ACUCCUAGAUGAACAUGGAAGGCCGCGGUGAUGACCAGGUGGAAGUAUCUGAAUCAUCAAGCCAGAAUGUGGCACACACACAUACAGAAUGUGGCGAGAAAGACUUGGUUUUGCACCGAGCUCUACCCAUAAGAAUUAAAACGAUGUACAAAUGUGAGGAACAACGUCUAAUAACAAUGGCUCCACCAUUCCGCGGAUUUUCAGCGCUUGUCCGAUUUCAAUGUCGAGCACGACUCCAUCAUGUUCAGAAGAUCAGCGCCAAAGAACUGGAAGCGCACUUGAUGGAAAAAGAACAGUGCAAGUGAAAGAAGUUAAUAAUAUGCAUUUUCGAUUGUUAAAUUGUGUUUAUUGCUUUUUGCAUGUAAAAGAGCUGUUUUGAAAACUAUGUAGCGAAGAAUGAAUUUUCAAU